AUGGAGGAGACAGAGGACAUGUUUGAGUCCUCUCUAAACCUAGAAGAGAUACACUUCAAGGAAGGCUAUGCUGAGGGCUACGGGCAUGGCCUAGACCAAGGCAAAGAGGAGGGUCAACAAGUGGGCCUAAAAGUGGGCUUCGAGGGUGGUGAGGAACUCGGGUUCUAUCGAGGUUGCAUCAAUGUCUGGAACUUGGUGAUCCAGGUCGACCCAACACGAUUCUCAGAUCGAGUCCAGAAAAUGAUCAAGCAAAUGGACGAGUUGGUUGCAAAAUAUCCAGUCAUGGACCCAGAGAACGAGAGCAUCCAAGAGGUGAUGGAUGGGUUGAGACUCAAGUUCAGGGCAGUCUGUGCUACACUCAAUGUCAAAUUGGAGUAUAUUGGGUAUCCCAAAACAGCGCAAGAUUCUGAGUUUUGA